AUGGCUCAUCAAGGAAAGACAGUGCUUGUGACUGGAGGCGCCAGUGGUCUGGGAAGAGCAACUGCCGAGCACUUCCUGUCCGUCGGAUCAAAUGUAGUCAUCUGCGACAUCAGCAAGACAGCACUGGCCGACUUCGACGAAAAGGUUGCCUCUAUCAACCCAGACCGAGCACUCGCCGUGGAGACCGACGUCACGUCAGAGUCCGCGCUCGACAGCCUCUUCGAGCAGAUUGAGAAGAAAUUCGGCCACCUGGACUAUGCCAUCAAUUCCGCUGGAGUCAUGGACCAUUUCGACCCAGUCGGCGAAGUCUCACGAGCAGAAUUUGACCGCGUGAUAGCUGUUAAUUUGACUGCUCCGACCUUCAUCACGAAACGAGCGGUCACUUCCAUGCUGAAGGCGGGAGUGAAGGGCUCCAUUGUCAACAUCGCUUCACUCGCUGCUUUCAAAGGGUGGGCUGGCGGCUCCGCAUACACUAUCAGCAAGCACGGCCUGAUCGGGCUGACGAAGAGCACGGCCGCUUUUUACAGGACGAAAGGGAUCCGCUGUAACGCUGUCGCUGCCGGAGCUAUGGCGACCAACAUCGCAGCCCAUUUCGGUGUCACUCCACCCAAUGCCGAGGGUCUGGAUCUCAACAUGAAGGCCUGUAAGUUGAUGAGGCACUGA